UGCCCCACCCCACCUCUUCAACGCUAUCUGUCUCAAUGUACAAUUCUCAGAGAAAAAAGGGGGCAAAAAUAAUUCAGAGUAACGCCGCAAAGAAACGACUCUCGUCUCCCCGACCGGUUCACCGGAGCAGCCGCGGCCUGUCGGGCGGUGAAAAUAAACGUCUCGCCGUUGGACCAGUGAUUGAAAACACCGCGGUAUGUUCAUGUAUCAUGCACAUGUAACCAUAAUCUACCACACGGAUUCAAAGGGAAUACAAAAAGCUGAGAGACUUGACAGCGGGCUGUACCUGCGCCAAACGGGAAAAUAACGGAGGAUUUUCCGCCAAUAUCACCUGGAUAUCGCGUUAUAUUCAAGGACAUCCAACUGCCAAAAUCCGCCUUUGCUCGCGCGGAGGAGCUUUCCGAUGUGAGGAGAAAUACAAAUUAACGUUACGGAGAGAAAAAGGACGGAGAAGGGGCCUUUUUUGGGUCUGGUCAAACCCUCCGAAGAAGCAUCUGUUGACGGGGAGAGGAAAUAAUUUUGGCUAAAAACAGGAUAUUAUUGAUAAGGUUCAACGACGACAGCCCACCUCCCCUCCCCAAAAAACGGUGUAUAAUGUGACGGAUUUGAAAGACGGUUGUGAUAGAGAAAGAAGCCCCGGUGUAGCCUGAUGAUUCACAUGCCGUCAUUUUAAGAGGAAAUAUUUAUUUUUUAUUUUUUUUUUCAUCCGCCCUCUGAUGUGCUUUGGGUAGCUGGAUUGCAAACUAAAUCAUAACCUAAGAUAUAUAUUGAAACGAGGGUCGAAAAAUAGGGCUGUGAGGGGAAAUGAAUGGCAGUGUGAGGUAUCUGCCGAAGAUGGGCUCCGGAGGAGACAUUUGCUAAGAAAAUUAAAAAAUAUAGCUGAAGACAGCAGUGUUACAACUAUAACCACCUUUAAGGAGACAUUCGUGUCCAUUGCAAGGCUGGAAAUUUCACUCUCUCUUAUCAAUGUUGAUGACUUCAUUGCGGAUUUACAGUGAAAAACACAAGAAUCGUCUGAGAGGGCGGCAUCGUUGCUCUGCUCCUUUUUUUUGAGUGAUCUCUAGGUGAUAAAUCGCUAGUAAAUAUCCAUCCGUGCCAAAGCCUGGUGGAGCCCCGCCGUCUACUACCCAACAUCUUGUUUCAUCUGGCAACAUAAAUGUCACCCAUUUUGAGCCAGGUGUUCCUCUGUUGGGCCAGUCUAGGAAUUUAAGGAUUGAUUGAUUUUUCUCCUGAUCAACAACCUCCCUCCUUCCUCCCUCCCUGGACCCACCUACCUACCUACCUACCCACCCAACCAACCACCCACCCUGCCUCCCCCCUGAACCUAUCUCUGGGUUUUUGGGAAGAUGGGCUGUCUUGGCAAUAGUAAGACUGAAGACCAACGAAAUGAGGAGAAGGCACAGAGGGAAGCCAACAAAAAGAUAGAGAAGCAGCUCCAAAAAGACAAACAGAUAUACCGGGCGACUCACCGGCUACUACUGUUAGGGGCCGGUGAAUCAGGGAAAAGCACGAUAGUCAAACAGAUGCGAAUAUUGCACGUUAAUGGCUUCAACGCAGAGGAGAAAAAACAGAAAAUUCACGAUAUUAAAAACAACAUUAAAGAAGCUAUAGAGACGAUUGUGUCUGCCAUGACUACGCUCACACCGCCAUGCCAGUUAGCCUGUCCUGCAAACCAAUGCCGAAUCGAUUAUGUCCUGAACCAAGUAAACCACCAGAAGGACUUUGAGUUUCCUUCGGAGUUUUAUGACCAUGCAAAGAUCCUCUGGCAGGACGAGGGUGUGCGGGCCUGCUGGGAAAGGUCCAAUGAAUAUCAACUCAUUGACUGCGCACAGUACUUCUUAGACCGGAUCGAUGUGGUCAGGCUGAAUGACUACACACCCACUGAUCAGGACCUGUUGAGAUGCAGAGUACUGACAUCUGGGAUCUUCGAGACACGAUUUCAAAUAGACAAAGUCAAUUUCCAUAUGUUCGAUGUUGGAGGUCAGAGGGAUGAACGUCGAAAAUGGAUCCAGUGUUUCAACGAUGUGACGGCCAUCAUCUUUGUGGUGGCGAGUAGCAGCUACAACAUGGUGAUCAGAGAAGACAAUCAGACCAACAGACUACAGGAAGCCCUCAACCUUUUCAAGAACAUCUGGAACAACAGGUGGCUACGGACCAUUUCGGUAAUCCUAUUCCUGAACAAACAGGACCUGCUUGCUGAGAAGGUUUUGGCAGGGAAAUCUAAGAUUGAGGAGUAUUUCCCUGAGUUUGCACGCUACACUACACCUGAUGAUGCAAUACCAGAGCCAGGUGAGGAUCCCCGCGUCACGAGGGCAAAGUACUUCAUUCGGGAUGAGUUUCUGAGGAUCAGCACAGCCAGCGGGGACGGACGACAUUACUGUUACCCCCACUUCACCUGCGCAGUUGACACAGAAAACAUCCGCCGUGUCUUCAAUGACUGUCGUGACAUCAUUCAGAGGAUGCACCUACGGCAGUAUGAGCUCUUGUGAUGGGCAGCGGCGUCCGGCCUAUUUAUCUACCUACCUGUCCUCCCCCCAAAACCCAACGACCAGUUAGCCAAUCAUGCCCUCCACUUCCACCAACUUCACCAAACAACCGGACCCUCCAUCCUGAAACAACUCCUACAAUAUGAAAAAAAACAGAACAGUGGAAAAACGUUUUUCUUUUUUUUUUUUUUUUUUUUUUUAAGAGAGGAUACAGCAACAUUUUCACCACCUAUUAGCCAGGACUGACCGCUGUCCUCUGCUACACUUUGACCCAGGAGCGAGGGUCAGGACUGGAACCCCUCAGCGCAGGCUCUCCCUCCUUUUAGCUGUCUUUCUCUCUCUCAGAUAUAUCAACACACACACACACACACACACUUGCAGGUACACACACACUACAGCAUAAGACAUUUAGAGAGCCCUGAGAUGGGUUUUAAUGUCUCAUAUCACACACACAUACAAAUGCACACACACACACACAGACGGAUCCUUUUAAAGUCCUGCUUUUGAGAGUCGGCAGAGGCUGAAUUAAAUAAUGCAUUCUAAGAGAGAGGAGUUUAUUCACCACGUGCUGAAGACGGAGGAGGAGAAAAGAACGAUGGACACGGAAGGUGGCAAACUGAUACAGAGGAGGGCUUUGAGCCUUUUUUUGUAGCCCUGAACAGACGGACUAAUUGACUAACUGCCUGUGGACGUGAGCGUGACUCGAACAGACCACAUGGCUCACAUGACUCCGCUCUUCAAGAAUCGAGGAGGGACGGCAGAAAAAAAAAAAAAAAUCAAGAAAAAAAAAGAAAUAUCAUACAAUGCAUAAAAUCAUGCAUACCAGUGAACUUCAUGCAGUGCAAAAAAUCCAAGCUAUAUAUAUAGAUAUUUAUAUAUGUGUGUAUAUAAAUAUGUAUAUAUAUAAAUAUAAAUAUUAUAUAUUCCUGUAAUAACACAAAUCAACUUUUAAGUUUUUGUUAGUUUUUACCCCGUGUUGUGUGUUGGUGUACACUGUGUGUGUGAUCUGCCUUCGUGCACCAUUUAACCCCCCCCUGCCCGCAUACACACACACACACACACAC